GUGUGUGUGUGUGUGUGUGUGUGUGUGUGUGUGUGUGUGUGUGUGUGUGUGAGCUGUGAGGAGUCUGGGAUUAUGGACAGGUGAGACAGUUGCACAUUUCCUGUCUGACCAGCGAUGGAAAGAAGCUGACCCAGUUUCUUCACACCUGAAGAAGAACACAAGAUCAUGGGGAAUUCAUAUGCAGGACAGCUGAAGUCUUCUCGCUUCGAGGAGGCACUGCACAACUCCAUCGAGGCCUCUCUGCGCUCGAGUACCGGUGAUCCUCAGCCCAUCUUCACUCAGCUUUACCUGGAGCCAGAUAACUUCAGCACCAACCUGGACGACAUUAAAUCCAAAAUGGACCUGAGCCUCAGGUCAGAUGCAGGUGGUCACGUCCUGAUGAACUGCCAGUCCUCCAGCGGCCUCGAGGACAUGGACGAUGAUGACGAAUCAGACACCAGCAGCCCUCCACUUCCUUACCUGCAGGCUCCGCCCCCUGACGGCUGCUGCACAGUAGACGGAUUCUGUCAGGCGGGGAAGGACAUCCGCCUGGUUUCCAUGGCGACGGAGCCCAUCGACGUGCCGCCUGGGUUCGAGCUGGUGGGAGCCAAAUCUCCCAGCAUUCCUGAGCACAUCCUGGUGUGUGCCGUGGACAAGCGCUUCCUGCCGGACGAAAAUGGGAAGAACGCACUUUUAGGGUUUUCAGGGAGCUGUGUAGGCUGUGGUGAGAAAGGUUUCCGCUACUUCACUGAAUUUUCCAACCACAUCAACCUGAAGCUGAGCACGCAGCCCAAAAAGCAGAAGCACUUAAAGUAUCACCUGGUGAAGAACUCUCAGGGGGCGCUGUGUAAAGGCACACUCAUCUGCUGGAAAGACUGUAAGACGAGGCAGUUCUCCAGCGUGUCUUCAUCCAAACCCAGUUCAUCAUCCUCACUGAGCAGCAAAGAGAACGGAGGAACCAACAGCCACAGUCCCUCCUCCUUCUCCCUCUCAGAUUCUCCUCCAGCACGGGCACAGUCUAGUUCGUCUCCAGGAAUUUUCGGGACUCCAGAAGUGACGCGGGAAUGUAGCUUCCUGAAACCUCCCAGCCCCACAACACACACCACUAAACCUUUACCUAUAGUACCUACUGCUCUGCGUGUUAACGGCCUGACGAACGGUUUAACCAUGGAAAGCCGGCCCACUUUGCUAAGCCCCAGCCACACAAACCCACUGGCCACUCCCACACAAGGCUAUCGGCCAAUCAAACAAGGCGAUAGUCCAGCAUCCUCUGCCAUGGCAUCAGGGCCUCCGAAAAAGCGUCACCGUAGUUGGCACCCUCCUCCGGCGAUGCCUGUUCCUGCUCCUGCUGUCCCGGUCCCGGCGAUCCGCCCGCUGCCCUGCGGUACAGUCCCAGGUUCAUUGCUCUCGCUGACCAAUCAAGCGUCUCUGCCAGCGUCAGGUGUCAUACAGCCUCAGCCAAUCACAGCGGGAGAAACCGUGAUCGUCCCUGAUAACCUGCUGAACACCUGCGGAGUUCGACCCAUCAUCCUCAUCGGUCAAGGCGCUCUGCCAUACUUCUUCGGGAACGUGUGUGACGUGGUGGUGAGCCCCCUGCUGGCCAGCUGCUAUAACUACAGCCAGCUGAGUGAGAAGAGCCUGGUGACACUGGGAGUGUCACCGAGCCAAAUCCCCACCUCUGAGACCCUCAUCCUGCUCACGCUGCAGUACCUUGCACGCCUCGGUUCGGAGCAGAUCCCUUUGCGUGAGGAGUUUGAGCAGAUCGUGCUGAAGGCCACAGUUUGUGGUGCUGCCGCCCCCCCCAUCACCGCCGUGCAGCUGCCGUGGCUGGCUCGAGUCGAGGCGAGUGUGUCGGCUGGAAGCGUUCAGGUUCUGCUUGCUCAGAAUUCACUGGGUGAGGGAAUCGCAGAGACACUGCGGUCACUCAGCGAAAACACACACCUGCAACAGCAACAAGCACAACGGCUGCCCAACUACGUCCUGAUCAUCCACACGUCCGCCUCCGCCGGAGUCUCCGAGUUCUGCAUCGUGGUGCUCGGUAAAUACCAGUCAAGGGCACUGGCUGAGGGAAUGCUGACCACUAACGAGUUCUUAAAGGAGAUCAGCUACGAGCUCAUCACGGGGAAAGUUUCUGUCCUGGCUUCACACUUCAACAAAACAUCUCUCGGUGAUAAUCUGGAGAAGGAGUUAGUGCGGUAUCAGCAAAGGAGGAAGCAGCAGGCCGAGCUCAGCGACUCUGUUCACUCGCAGGAAGAAGUAAACAUAAAAGUUGACACAGGCACAGAGCCUCUGAGCGACACAUUUCAGAUUUACCCCCCGCAGCUGACCGUGGCUCGGAGUCUCCUCUCUUUGGUGUGUGGUAUCGCAGACUCAAACAGCCAGAACCUUGACCUUGGACGAUUCUGCAAAGUCGACUUCCUGGUGCUGGUGCCACCGUCAAACGUCCUGCUUCAUCAGACAACCAGGCGCAUACGCCAGUCAGGCGUGCUGGUAGACCUGGGGAUGGAAGACGCCUCCACAGCCCAGCAAAAAGCAGAUAAAUAUGUAGUGCGUCUGGACAAUGAGGUUCACAGCAAAAUGGAGGCGUUCAUGAAGAAAGUGAAACAGAAUCCUUACACACUCUUUGUCCUCAUCCACGAUAACUCACACGUCGACCUGACCAGUGCGAUGUCUGGCUCCGUCUCUCACGGUGAUCUUCAGGGAUUGGCUGAUCGGGUGGUGAACUCUCAGGAGGUUUUAGAUGCUGAGAAUCUGUUGCUUCUUCAGGUCACAUCCUUCCCUUACACCCUGCAGUCGUGUCACUCGCGCAUCAGCAUCCAAAACGAAGUGCACUGGCCGAGCAACCAUGGCCUGCAGGGGGCGCUCUUUCCGAAGGACCUGGUGUAUUUUGGGCUGAAGGAGUACCAGCACUCGGUGCAGUGGGGUGUCUCCAGUCCUAUCCUGCGCUGUGAUGAUGCCUUCGAGAGGAUGGUCAACGUCCUGCUCCAACGUCAUCCUCAUCUGCACAGCAUGGUGAUCCGGAGCUACCUGCUGAUUCAGCAGUACACAGAGGCCAUGAUGGCACUGACUGCGUGUCCGGCACUGAGGGAUCACGUCACGCCGCAGACGCUGGCCAUGGUGGAGGGUGUAAUGAGCAACACGGGACGGGGCGGCAGGGGGCACAUGCUGUUGGUACGUGUGCCCUCGCUGCAGCUGGCACGACUGGCACGGGAGAGGCUGGAAGAGGCACAACACAAACUGGGGCUGGAGAGGAAGUUCGCCGUGGUGCUGGGAGGACCGACAUACGAGAUCAGCCUCGCACCGCACUUCUGCACACAGCUCAGGGCAUGGAGACGGUGUGGAACUGAAGACUGGACUCCUGUCACCUAUGAGGAUCUGGAAGAUUUACCCUGCAUCGUCAUUCUCGCUGGGAAAGACCCUCUGGGGGAAACAUUCCCCAGGUCUCUGAAGUACUGUGACCUGCGACUGAUUGACUCCAGCUUUCUGAGCCGCACAGCUCUAGAGCAGGAAGUGGGUGUGGCCUGCUCCUACGUCACUCGUGGCGUCAUUCCUGACACCAUGACGAUGGCAGACAAAGGGGUGAAACUGAAGGAGGAAGAGGAGGACGAGCUAGAGAGAAGCGGUGGAGGAAUGAUGGAGUCUGACGAACUGCAUCUGGAGCUGGACAGACCCCUGAGCAAUGGCAGUGCUACAACCCGAGCCUCCGGCUCCCUUGCAGAAAAUGGUGUCAGCUCCUCUGUGGUUCCUGACUCCUCCCACAAAUCCUGCUCUGUCUCCUCCUCCCACCCGGAACUGGCCAGUAGCAGCUCCUUCAACUCCUCUCCUAAUCAUGUUAAGCAGGAGUGUGACUCCCAGUGUCCCGGGUCUUCUUCCUCCUCCUUAUCUUCGUCCUCUUCCUCAUCCUCUUCCUCGUCCACCUCUCCCGGUUCUCAUCGUCCGAGCCAGUCUACUCAGACGUUCUCUACGGCAAGUAAAUUGACCCGGCACGUCUUUGCCCCCAUAGUGGUUCUGUCCCGCGCUGCCUAUCGGCUCCUGGCCCCUGAUUCUGCAGAUCAGCCCAGCUCAGCUUGGCUCCUCCCCCACGGAGAUGUGGAGUGGAUCGGUACACUCCGGCCCCCCGUCCCACAGCAAGGUGACGCUACUGAGCAGUCGCUAUAUUACCGCCAGUGGACAAAAACGCGACCACAGCAUGCCGAUUACAGCACUGCAGCCUCCAACCACCCGAGGAGGCUAUUACUGAGCGGACCACCGCAGGUCGGUAAAACCGGUGCAUAUCUGCAGUUUUUGCGGAUUUUGUUUCGGAUGUUGAUUCGUCUCUUGGAGGUGGACGUUUAUGAUGAGGAUGAGCUGGAGGAAGAUGAUGUUACCGAAGACACCAAUGCUCCUGUGUCCAGCGGCCCAUCUUGGCCUGACCUGGAGGAGAUGCAGAAGAUGCCCUUUGACCUUAACCCUCGUGACCCCAAGUUUAAGCAGUGCAGUGCUGUGUAUUCCGGCAGGAAUCCGCUCAGAAUAAGUGGACUGAAGCAAGAAAAAUAUGUUGAGAUCCAUGAGAGGAAGAGGAAGACGGUGUCUAUGAGGCUCAGCAUGUUCGCAGCCCAUAAUGCAUUUCACCACUGUGAGCAGUGCCAUCAUUACAGCGAGCCUGGACCUGCCCGUCCACUGUCCGACUGCACCUUCCAUGCCUUCUCAUUCUGCUCGUCCAUGCUUGGUGAGGAGGUGCAGCUCCACUUCAUCAUCCCGAAGAACAAAGAGCAUCACUUCGUCUUCAGCCAGCAGGGACACCAGCUGGAGAGCAUGAGACUUCCUGUCCUCUCUGACCAGGACGGUGUAAAGAGUACGAUCUUCACACCCACGACAGGCCGGCAGGAUCUGGGUCUGCUAAACCUCCACCACGCCCUUGAGGGGGCACCACACCUCCACAUCCUGGUGGUGAAGCAGCAUGAGAUGGCCCUCUACAGGAAGUUCUGGCCCAACCACGUCCUGCUGGUGCUGCCCUCCAUCUUCAACAACUCUGGAGUGGGAGCGGCUCGCUUCAUGAUUAAAGAGCUUUCAUAUCACAACCUGGAGCUGGAAAGGAACAGGCAGGAGGAGCAGGGAGUUCAGAGGCAGGACGUCUGGCCCUUCAUCCUCAUCAUGGACGACUCGUGUGUGCUGUGGAACGCCCAUGUCCAGAACAGAGAUGGCUCAGUGGAGGUGUGUAACAUAUCUCUGAAGCGUGUGUUGCUGCACAUGGAGGCGACUCCAUCACUCUCUCACUACGCCAUGUGUGGACUGAGGAAAUGGAGCAGUAAAACCUCUGCCUCGUCUCUCGGGGCUGCGUUCAGCCGCUGCCAUCUGCAUGACUUCAUCCUGCUCAAUGUGGACAACACGCAAAACGUCCAGUACGACCUCAACCGCUACACAUGUGAGGAGGUGGACUUUAACCUGAGGGUGAACAGCAGCGGACUUUUGCUGUGUCGCUUCAAUCGUUUCAGCAUCAUGAAAAAACACAUCCCGAGCGGCGGCCAACACACACUCAUCAAACCCAAACUCACGACGCUGGAGUCUCCUUCCCCAGUGUCCAGCUCGCAGUUUGUGUGUGCGCCGGACAGCGUGUGUCCGAUGUUGGAUGUCCCGGCUCAGCUGCUGCUCGAGAGAUUCCUGCAGCGCUGCAGCACACACCUGUUCCCUCACGCGCUACAUAGCUACACACACCCUGUACUCGCCAUCGACACCUACCUCGACCUCGGGCCUCAGUUGGCAGUGUGUUACAUGAGCUCCAGACCUCACUCGGUUAACCUGGACCACAGUGGUGUCGUGUUUGGCGGGCUGCUCCUCUACCUGUGUGACUCCUUUGUGGUUUCUGGCUUCCUGAAGAAAUUCCGCUUCCUGAAAGGUGCCACGCUGUGUGUGGUGUCUCAGGACCGCAGCUCUUUGCGUCAGACGAUCGUGAGACUGGAGCUGGAGGACGAGUGGCAGUUCCGUCUGCGAGACGAGUUCCAGACGGCCAACUGCAGCGAGGAUCGUCCGCUUUACUUCCUCACAGGACGCCACAUUUAAAAGCGCUGACUCCGAAGCUAACAGACGUGUAUGAACGCGAACACAAACACAAACACACGUCAUGAGAAGCAAGACGUGUUGCUGGACGGAGGAGAUCCUGAUGCUUCUCCUUUACUGUGAAGACUGGACUCUCGUCGUGUUAAAGGACUGGCUCGGACACACGGGGGUGCCAGAACAGACGAUUGUAAACUGGGCUCCAUUUUGGGAUCCCGACUACGUACCUCAUGGACGUAGGCUUCAUCUCAGGGUUUUUUUGUCAUGAGGCAAAAUAAAGACUUCGCUACUACUGCUUUCUUUUUCCCCCUCUCUCUCUCUCUCUCUCUCUCUCUCUCUCUCUCUUUCUUUAUAUAUAGAACUAUAUAUCACUCGCCAAAGCUUUGCUAACCAACCAAGGACACUUAACCCCAAAGAUCCAGAAGUUUCCCUCAUUAAAAAAAAAAAACAGUACGGCAUCCUGCACGGACGCGAACAUUUCCUCAGAGUCCGAUGCAAAUCAUGACGAAUUCACACUCGUUAUUUUCCAUGUCUUGCUAAUCCUCUAUGCUAGCUAGCUCUUAGCUUUCUCAGAGUUACAUUUCUGUGACCUGAUUGAACUAUUUCUCCACUGUGAACCUUCUCAGAUCAGCCAACGACACGACGUCACAACAAUCCUUUAAACUGGAACACAAUCAGCAUGGUUUUGUUUCGUUGUUCUUUUUUUCUUUGCUAAUGCCAAAAAUCUCUUUUCUUCGUGCCUUUGAAAGAAUCCAUUGUUGCGAGCGUGUUUAAGACGGAGAAUAAUGGUUAUAACAUGAUGGUUAUGAAUUAUGAAGGACUAGCUGACUUGCUAAUCAGAGUGAGCAGUUAGCAUUAGCUUUACGCAACGAAGCAGAACUAAACAAACUGCUAGCUUCAUUUGAGACGUGAAGUAGCUGAGACGCUUCUCCAGUGUUACAUGACGUUGCUGGCUAGCUUUUGGGGACUUGGACAUUUUGUGUUUAGAUUUUAUGGAAAGCUGAUAUUAAUAUAUUAAAUCUUUCUCAUUGUGUGGGUGAAAAUUCUGCCUUUCCUUUCCCAAGGCACAAAGAACCUACCUAAGAACCUGCUCUCCAGCUGUUUGUUUUUAUUUAAGAUGAAAGAAACACGUCCCGUUUUUAUGGGAUCGAUAUUUAUUUCUACGAGCUACUCGGACCGAUGAUUAGCGUGCUAGCCGGCGUGACCCUUCAGCGGAUCGUCCAAAGUUUUUGCACACGUCCGUAAAAAAAAUAAUAAAAUCGAAGCGCAAAGGAUGUGAAGUUGCACUAUACACUUGGCUGAGGGCCAAGGAGUCAGAAGUCUUUCUGGUAGCAGACUGGUUUAAACCGGUUUGAAUGAAGACCAGUGUUGAUUUGAAUGAAGAAAGAACAUAGAGAAAGUUGUUUUUUUAUGAUCUCCCAUUGCGACCCCUAGAAUGUGUUUCCUCUCUACAGAAAAAGUGACGAGCACAUAAGUUAUGCAAUUUGCUUUCCACAAUCUUUUUGUCUGGAGCUGUAUCUGCUGUGUCUACGCCACGCCCAAGCUGUUUAUGAAUGUUCUAAUCGUCUCUGUGCUCUACCUCAGGAUCUGCCGGUUUGGUUGUGGGUUUGAUAAUGUGACUUAUAUAAAUGAAAUGUUUUUGUUGUUGUUGUUGUUGUUGUUGUUAGAAUUGAUGAAUGUAAUAAUAAAGUGUUAUUGAUGAUAUCCAUGA